CCCAGGACUGCGCACGCCCCAGCACCGGCGCCCAAGUGUUUCUCUCCUUAUUUUUUGCUUUAUUUCCCUCCUUACUGCACCUAUCAUGCUUGAAUUUUUCGAUAUGAUGACGUUGUUAGGAUCAGUGGCCCUGUCACUGGCCAUCUUGGUCCCAUUAGCUGGCGCAUUGGUGCGCUUUAGAGCACACUACAAUCCAAAGGGUCUGCAACUUGAUGCAGAGGGCGGUGUGCAGCCCCAUACUGGCCCAGUCAUCUCAUCCUUCUUUUCAAUGCUGAAAAGGGUACAUAGAAUCGAGGGUUGGCCAGGACUAUACAAGGGAUUAAUGCCCUCGUUGUUGUCAACUCUCGUCAUCACCUUCUUCUUGAUGAUGUUUUUGAGCGACAGUAAUCUUCGCCAUGGAACAUACAGUGCCCCUGAUGCAGGCGUUGUCGGCAUACUCGUCUAUAGCAUUUUCGCCAUGCUUGUUUCUCUUCCUCAGGUAAUCAUCACAAACCGUGCAAUUACAACGCCACACAAGUUACCGUACUUCAAUCCAAUUUAUUCACUCCGUGUUCUAUUGACGCCCACGGAACGUCGGAGACCCUGGAUUCUCUAUCUCACUCCCGGUCUCCUUGCUGCUCAAGUCACCCACAUCGCCUACAUUGUUCUUGGUCUGCGAUCAAUGCGGCAGCUUCUUCUCCCAGAACUCGCGAACCCAGGCAUACCUCGCAUAGAAGAAAUUUCCCCUGUCAAACUCGCCAUAUUCCUCGUCAUCAUGCUUCUGAGCACAAUCAUCCUCACCCCAUUGGAAGUUAUUUCCAUCAGACUUUCUAUCCAACGGAACCACGCAGCCCCUGAAUUCAACUCCAUCUCACAAGAGGAGGAAGGCGAUGCCGAUGAAGCAACGGAGUACGCUGGCGUGGAAGAGGAUGUCAUCGGCCUGAGAACCGAGAGGGAGCCAUAUGUCAGCUUGAUUGAUUGUGGGAAGAGGAUUAUCGAAGAGGAAGGCUGGGGCGCGUUGUAUCGAGCAUGGUGGUUGACGACAUUGGGCAGUCUGGGCGGUGCAUUGUCAUAAACAUUGGUCCAUGCCGAACUCCUCCCUUCUACUCCAUGGACCACAUCUUCAUUCGCAAAUGCGCCUUUCAAACCGGAAACAUACUAUGCAUAUUGUAUUACCGUUGUACUCGGUCAUCUCCUGUUAAUUUCAUCUGUCGGCUGCCCGCAUUAUACUUGAAUCAUGUAUUCGAUGGGUGCGGCAUGUUCCGAUUGAUCUCAC